CGGAAACGCAGAACACAUCAAAAACCGACGGCUGUAAUAAAUACACUCGACAAUUGGAAUCAAAUUGGUUUCGCGUGAACAAAAAUCGUUCCGUUUUUGAUCGAAUCCCUACCGCACUAUCAUUUUUUAAUUAAGUAAUAAUCAGAAUGUGCUUGAGUGCGAUCCGACGCGUUGUCGUUUUACCAAAAUAAAUUUGUUUCUCCUGUUUGGUUUUCUUAAAUUGAUCGUAAUAAUUAUUUUGUAAGUCUCGUGAUGCGUAUACAAUUCAAUCAAAGUUGUGCGUGCUUUAAAUACUGGUGGUGUGUCGUCUGAGAGGAAACUCCCAGGUUAAUAAAUAGCAAAUUAGAAAAAAAUGUUUUGAAUAUACCGAAUCUCAAAGACCAAAAAUUACGAUUUAUAAACUGUAUUCAACAUUAUAGGACGGCUAUUAUAAAAUGUUUCACAAAAGAAAGCAGGAGACGAGGAAAAAGAGCUUUAAAUUAGGAAAAUUGGAUGAAUUGGUAUUGUCAAACACAAAGUUGAAGUUCUCUAUCGAGCAGUUGCAGAAUUUGAAUUAUAUUAUUCAUAAAAGAUUGCAGAGAAACGUCUCUUUAGAAUCUGAAAAAUCCUUAUCAUUCGCCAAAUCAGUGAGCGAGAGAUUGGUUCAAAGAUUGAUAUGCGGGGCAGGCAUAAUAGAUCCAAGGUUCUCUACUAAAUAUCUAAUUUGUAACAAUCGACAAAAAAUAAACAAUCAUUUGUCACACAAAUUGGAUUACAUAGUCAGAUUAGAUUGUUUGUCACUGCCUAGUUUUUACGAAUCGGACACCAAACCAAAAUAUUCUGUUUUUGAAUCCGAAUCCGAGUAUCCAGCUGGAUAUGCCAGAAUCAAACUUCACACAUCUACGUAUAAAAUUUGGGGCGAUUUUACUAAUUCACAGGGAUUCCUUAGAAGGGAUAAAAUUCAAGCAAAAUUGGUUGAACUGCUUGCCUUGGCUGCGUCAAAAGAAGUGCCGAGUUCACCUCUAUACAUAGAUGAGUCAAUUCAUUGCGGUAUUCCUGGAAAAGUGGUUGAUCCCUUUACCCUGCAUAAUAUACUAAAAAUUCCACCGGAUCAACAAGUUUAUUACGGUCCUGGUGGUAGCGUUCCGAGAUUUCCCGAUCCGAGAGACUUUAGAUUAGCUAUUGUCGACGAACCGAACGGAAUAAGAAUAAAAGUGGAAUUUCUGUCGCCUUCAUUGUCCAAUAUUACUGUAGACGUGACAAUUCUGGUUGCAGUCGGAAUUGAUUGCUGGCCUGUUUCCACUGAUUUUCCAUCCAGGCUAUCGCUGGGACAUUCGGACUGCUUGCUAUACCAUCAAGCUGCUCUUACAGGAAUGUACUUGGUAGGCUAUGGCGUCCAUUCUUCGGCUUGGCAAAUACGACUUCCAGCAGCCGAAUAUGUUAUUUUAUCUCAUUACGGAAAUAACAGUACAGUUAAAACAAUCUUGGAGAUGCUACAUCUUGUUUUGGAAGAUAUAGAUGAAUCAAAAAAAAGUUUAGGAAAACACCAGCUAUCCUACAAAAUUCUCACCAAAUACAUUCUGCAAACUGUGCUAUUCGAGGAAUUAGAAGAAAACUCAACUAGUCCGGUUAACGAUAUGAUAAACUGGGCUCCGAUUUAUCUCUCCACAUACGUAUUAAAGCUAUUGGACAACCUAGUGGGCAAGCUUUCGGCCGAAAAGCAACCUAAUUACUUCUUCAAAAAAUCAAAUUUAAUGGUAAAUCCCGGACAUUUAACCGAUGAUGAUUACAUAGAGGAAGCGAAUUACGUUAAAACAGCAGUAGCGAGGUUCUUUGACGAAUCGUUGAUGUCCACAAAAGGCAAUGAGGAAUUUAAUUCCAUCGUGCAAGCGCAGGAGAGCGAAAUGGUAUUGCUGUUUAAAUGGAGAGACCUUAUAGAAGGAUUACUACCUCCUUCCGGGACGAGAGGAAGAAGAUUUUGCUUCGCUGGCUCUAAAAAUAGACGAGAAAUCGCUCAUUCGCAGUACACGGCAAGGCAGUUAGAAUAUAUAGGGAUGUUGCUAAAUAAAAUGCUGAUGGUCAGGCAAAAAAUAAUACAGUUCGAUCACACCAUGGAAGAUUUAGUAAAUUCGCAGAAGUACCAGCAAGAUCGCCCGCUAGAAGACAUCAUCUUCAUUCUGGUGACGAUAAUGGACCAAGCCAGGGAUCGAUAUUUAACGACUGCGACCAAUCCGGCUAUAAUAAAAAACUCUUUAAAAAUCAAAAGUAACUUCAACAACCAAACUUCGAAAUUGGUGGACGUCAUGAGAAGAGACAAAGACCUACAGGGUUUGUCGACUGUGGAAGACGAUCUGUGCUUGGUGAAAAUUAUAUUAAAAUGGCUAUACCGGGGAAUGGAUCAAAGCAAGAGAUAUUUAGGUCCUAUUUUGAGGCCCUAUUUGAACAAUAUAUUCUCGUCCUCACACGCUAUGUCGUGGCACUUGGAGAGCCUCAAAGAAAGAUUAAAUGACGAGGAACUAAACGCUUUAGGUAUAUUCGCGCAAUUGGUUAAUUCGGCUAAAAUAACGCCUGCGCAAGGUCUUAUUGACUCCGUAAGCAAGAAUUGGGAAUGGGCCAGGAGUAUGCUGAGCAUGAUUGAACAGAACACUUUGCGCAUCAUUUUCGUAUCGGACAGAGGACAAAUUUACCGUCAUAUUUUAUCACUACCCUCCUACCAGAGAAAAAUUAGCCUGCAAUGCGGCAGCAAAACGUUGGAUACCAAAACAGAAAAGCGAGAGUUGCGAAGACAGAAGACUUUGCCAAGCAGAAGUUACUUCAACACAAUCCUAAACGAAAAGUCGCAAAAAGCUGGCGAAGAAGCAACUCCACAACACGACCAACUGAAACAAGCAAGUCCUCUAACUUAUCUCAUCAACAAGAAACACCGGAUGGGAGAGCAUAGAGGUUGUGGGGAUAUUUUUAAGGCUUUAACUUGGAUGCAAAAACUAAGGGUAUUCCAAGAGGUCGCGUCCGAUUUGCCGCCUGAAGAACGACUAGAAAUUUUGGAAUUAAUCCAGAGCAUCCAGACGAGCAAAAGAAGACGAUCCGCAGCUAAGAGAUGGUCGGAAACGUUGCCGCAAUCUAAUCGCAAUACACUCCCUACGAACGAUAAAGAUGUCGAGCAGAAGUAUACAAUGAAAGAGGAAAGCGCAGGUAUCAGUAUUAGUACAGAGGCGAAAGAUAAAAGAAAAGAACCCGUCAGGAAAACCAGCGUGCUAUUAGAGAGUUGUAGAAUCGCUAGGAUUAAGGAAGAUUUUGGAGUGUUUUAUCUGAAUGAUAGCUUUAGAAUAAAGUCGUUAUUGAGCAAAAGCGAUUCCUUUAAAUAUUAAGUGUACCAUUUAACAUUAGAUCUGAUUUACAUUAAAAUGUAGGUUGUUAUACGAAUAGGUAGUUAUACAGAUUGAUUCAUUUUAGUUUGCAAUAUACACUUGUAAAGGAAAAAGAGUAAAAAGCAACUUUUCACUCUGACAACAGUUAUUUUAAUAAUCUUUCGUUGUUCAACUCAUAGAAAUGACCAUAUUGCCAACUGAAAUGCACCAUAGGGUAGACUAAUGCCCGGAAAUAAUGUCUCGCUAAUCCUUCAUUAAUCAACCAUCAUCAAUGAUCAAAAUUUAACAGAUACCUGUAAUCAUGAACAAUUAACUGGCACCUGAGUUAGCGUUUAAAUUAACAGGAAAAUGUAAGCUUUGUUCUCGGAGAUUGUGAUCCUUUGAUCGUUUCUGUGAGCAAAGCUAUAGUUCUUAUUAAGGAAUUAAGCAACUACCUCUGGUCUGAAAGUUAGUAUAAAGAUGCGAUGAGUGUAUGUACAGAACUUUGUACAGUACAAAUAUGAUUAUGCGCCAAUGUAUAUUUCUGAGAUAAAUAUCAGAAUAUAAACCUAAUGUAUACAUAAUAUCAAAUAAAUAACUGUCCUUCAA